CAGCGUAAGGUGUAAACAUGGGCCUGCCCGAUAUAGACAACAUACCCGACACCGGUGCAAUUUUCACUUUAGGGCGCAGUCGAUUCGCUGAUAAUAUUCCUUCACAUUUCUUUAUAAGGAAUGAUCCUGUUAUCAGUAUCACUUGUGGUGAUGAACAUUCUGCUGUUGUUUGCCAGAGUGGACGACUCUUCGUCUUCGGCAGCAACGAUUGGGGUCAGCUAGGUCUUGGUCAUAAGAAUCACGUCAGCAAGCCUUCGUGCGUAAAAAUACUCAAACCACAGAAAGUUACUCACGUGGCAUGCGGGAGAGCCCAUACAUUGAUAUGCACUGGAGAACAAAAAAUUUUUGCCUGUGGUAGUGAUCAAGAAUCUCAAUUAGGACGUGGACAAAUGUCUUUAGGAGAAUGUUCAAGCUCACCAGUUCCAAUCUACGAUUGUGGAAUAGCAGGACCGAAAAUUUUACAGGUUGCUGCUGGAUCUCAUCAUUCAUUAGCUCUGACAAGUGAUGGUGAGGUGUUGGCUUGGGGAAGUAAUUUAGAAGGACAAUUAGGGUUACCAGGAACUUCCGGAUUAGUGAAUAUACCAACAAAAGUCCAGCUACCAGAGCCAGUUAAGCAAAUUAGUGCUGGAUAUUAUCAUUCAGCAUUUCUUACUGAGAGUGGAGCAGUAUAUGUUUGUGGAGAAGCAGAAAGUGGAAAGCUCGGCAUUACAUUGGAUUUUAGAACUCAAGUUGCUCCGAAACCGAUGCAAUUGUCGACUACAGCUGUUUUUGUUGCUUGUGGCGGUCAUCAUACACUUAUUCUCGGCGAUGAUGGAAACCUUUACUGUACUGGUAGCAAUGCUAGUGGUCAACUAGGAAUGGGUACGAAUGUAACUGAAAUUCAAACACCAAAGCAACUUUCUCGUGGAGUUUUAGAAAAUGAAGUUAUUGCUAAAAUUGAAUGUGGAGAAAGCCAUAUAGCUGUUGUUACAGAGUCUGGAAAACUUUUCACCUGCGGUGAUGGAAGACACGGAAAGUUGGGUCUUGAGGAGAAUGAGAAUAAUGUACACGAAUUAACAUACGCGUCCAAGUAUCAAGAACUUUUCGUAACAAAUGUCGCUUGUGGUGGAUGUCACACGAUUCUUGUUGGACGACGAAGAAAUGGAGAAAAUGAUAAUGAAGAAGCUAAACAAAUGAAAAAUAAUUCAUUACCACCACUCAAAAUUCCAACUUGCAUACAAAAUGAUAGUCCAACGAAACUGGAGAAUGUUGAUAAUGGAAGUGAAGCAGAGAAAGGUGAAAAUGAACCAUCAGAGAAGGAUAUAGAUUCGGCAGAGAACAAAACUAAUGGAAUCGAAGCAACAUUAGAAAAUGAAAACAAUAAAACUGAAAAUACAGAAGAAAAUAAAUCAAAUGAAAAUGAUAAUUCAGUAGAAAAUAAACCCAAUGAAAAUAAUAAUCCACUAGAAAAUAAAAUCACUGACGAUAAAACUUUAAUAGAAAAUAACACAAACGGGGUAGGAGAAUCAGAAAAACACGAAAAUAGUGUAGAAAAACCAGAGAGUCCAAAGAAACCUACUGAAUAUGAUAGUUCUACACAAAUAAAAGAUAAAGAUAAUGAUGUUGAAAAUGUAGUAAAUGAAGAAAAAAACAGAAAUAAUGAUGAACGAGUGGCAAAUUUAACAAACGAGGCUAACAAUCAAGAUGACAAAUCGAUAACAGAAAAUAAUGAAAGACCAAAGUCUUCCAAGUCACAUGGUGACAGUGUAGCUGUAGAGGAAUCAAAGAAAAAAGAAGAAACUAUCAAUAAUGAAGAAAUUACAGUAGAGAAGCCAGCAUCGCCACCUCUUCCUGUUCCACCACCAAAGCCACCACGACAAAAAAUUAACAGUGCCGGAAGCCAAGUAUCUUCUAACGCACCGAGCUCGGCAUCAUCUAAGGGCGGUUCUGAAAAAGCUGUGAAUAUUGAUACGCAAAUAAAGAUGAAAUCUCCUUCUAAGAAUUCAGUUCAUCCGAAAGAAGACGAAGAAGUAAAAUCUAUGAAUGGAUCUGAAAGGAAGUCAGCAAGUAGUCAAAAAAGCCAAUCAAUCAAGUCGAAAGCUGAUACAGAUGAGACUGUAACUUUAGAAGCAAAAAUUGUUGAUAGCCUAGAAAAAGUGGAUCAUUUUGAAAGAAAAGUUGUUAAAACAAUUGAUGAAAAAAUAGACAUGAUUGCUGAUGAUGCAGAUGUUAUCCAAUCUCCAGUUCGUGGUACAGCUAAAAUUACCAAGUUAUUUAAAAGUAAAAAACAAGAAAUAGAAAACGGUACAAAGGAAGCAGUUAGUGCAAGUGCAAAUACAAAAGGAAAGUCGAAGACAUGCAAUAUCUUGUGAUCCUGAAGGCUAUUGUAAAGUUGAAUGAUGAUCCAUUAUAUUAUAUUUUUUAUAAAAUAACUUUAUGAAUCCGGCAUUGGGGACCAAGACCGGCAGUAAUCUACUCCAAUCAAUCAUUUGCAUCCAGUUCAUUCCAUAAAUAAUAGAUUACUACUUAUUGCCAGUUUUAAUUAUUUAUUAUAUUACUUUUUUCUUAAAUUUAAAUUUAGAGUAUUAAUAUAUAAUUACA